AUGGCGAGGCCGGAUUCUACAGCCUUGCUCGCGGCCUGCCUCAUACAGUGUACGAUCGUGCGCGGAAGCGUAUGCGUGGCAGAGUUCCAGGCUACAAGGGACCUCGAAGAUGAUCGUGCUGCGUGCACGGCCGCGUGCAACGCCGCGGGCUACUGCUGUACUGCGGACACAGGUGGUUGUGGUCAGCUGACCUGCAGCGCGGGCUGCCACAUUGCAUGGUACGCUGUUGCAGAAGACGAUUGCGUAGCGGAGUGCACCGAUGCCAACAGCGCGGGCCAGGGCGAGUGGCAGCACAGCGAUGGCACCAAUUUUCAGAAUUGUUUCGGCCAUGACACUUGCGGCUGUCCUUUAACGCCUGUUACGCCUGGCCAGUCGUGGGGAAGUGGCAACGACUGCUCUUCGAAUGCAUGUGCCAUGGGAUGCCAGCUGGCAUCGAGCGUCUUUGGACAUUCUUUUUAUUCAAUGGAACUGAGUGCGGAAGAGCAGCUGUCCCGUCAGGGCGAGCUCGAUUCGGACCAGGCUCUGCUGACAGCUGCGCUGGCCGACCUGCAGAUGCACGUGAGCGGUUUGUCUGUCAUGGGCGAGUCCCAGCUCUCCUCAGCAAAAACCACGGUCGAAGCGCAGAGCAAGCUCCUGAAGUUCAACUCGACCAUGAUCCAACUAGCCAUGGAUCUGAUCGACGCCUACGAGAUGUCAGACUCGCACGGCCCGCUUUUCAGCGCCGCGCACAACCCCGAUGGCUUUCUCAGAGCUGCGUCGCCAGACGAUGGUCACGCCACGGACCGCGCCAUGCUCGCAGUGCACCAGGCGCUUAUCGAUGAUGUCUAUGGUUGGCCGGGUCUCCUGGCGGAGUGCAACCGAGGGUUGUUCGAGGGCCGCGGGUGGCUCACCGCAGACUUCUACCCCGGCGCGGCCCCGCGGCCCGCAGACCGAAGCGAGCUUCCAUGCGCCACUGUGCCGUGCGCCGUCGCCCUCAACGCCACUGUGCCCCGUGCCUGGGGCCAUCCCACACAGUACUCCAUGGGCCAUGCUCGCCGUCCCACGGGGUUCUAUCUGAGCCCUGGCCAAUUGGUUCGGGUCUCGGUGCCCGAGAGCCUGGUCGACGCGGGGUACCAGGUGCUCGUUGGUUCCCACACGCACGACAACAGCGAAAAGGACCUCCACUUGCGGAUGGACCGUGUGACAGUGGCUCAGGCGAUCACUGCGGUGGACACUCUGGUGGGUAACCCGUUGGGCGGCGGCAUCUACAUCCUGGUUCCCUACCUCGCUGACCUCGGCGAGGUGUCGGUGAACAUCACGGGCGGCGUGGUGUCCUCCCCGCUUUUCCAGCGUACGGGCUUGCGCCUCAUGACGGACGGCGAAUGGCUCACCCAGCGGGCGGCGCCUGGUCCGUGGGCCGAUUUUGAGACCGACAACUUCAUGCUCAAUGUGCCUUCCUCGUGGGUCUACUCGUUCGAAGGGCCGACCUCUCUGCUGGAGAGCUACGACCUCGCAAUGGAGGGAAUGGCCGAGAUGUUCGGGUACCCGCCGGCUUACCGGCACGGUGGUGUGCACACAUUGUAUCUCCAACCAGACCGCCACAUUGCGCACCCCGCUUACGGCACAGGCUACCCGCAGGUCAACCAGUUGUGGGACCCAACAGAGUCUUACGACGGAAAUUACGACCAUUGGUACUUACGGGAUCCCAUGGGAUGGCCAGUUUGUUGGCAUGAGUUGGGCCACACGCAGCAGCGGCAGGACCUCACGUUCCAGUAUCGUGGGGAGACGGAGGCCAUCGUGAAUUUCUUGUACACGUACGUUGCGCACGUGAAGUUCGGUGUGGACUUCGACACGGCGUUCAAGUUGGGCAUUAGCCACAGCAACUACGAUCCAGACGACGCCGCUGUGCACUGGAUGAUCACGCCCAAUUUUCGCGACGGCAAUGAGAUGGACCAUUCGCACACCGAGCUUGACGAGUUCAGGUACCAGCAUCGCGGUUAUGGAAAGUACGCAGAUAUCGUUCGUCUGUUCGGCUGGGAGACGUUUACCUCCUUCUACCCAAGAU